AAAUACUUUUUAGGUUGCUAUUCAAUCUGUGGGAAGGAUGUCGAUUUGCAGCAUACUUGUAGUAUCAUUCUUUUCUUUUAAUGUAGAAGACCCGCGUUUGGAUGUGCUGCCUCUGCGUAUUCAGAAUCUCGCUGCUUCUUUCUCUCUUUUUCCUUUCAUUUUUUCAGUUUUACUGCGCUCAUUUUUUACUUUGUCAAAAACAGUAGCGGGUUUUGGAAAUUACUUUGUUCGAUGGCCCAAGUGGUCCACAUUUAUCCGCCACUGGGCGCUCUGACGUGCGUGCGCGAGCCUGCAAUCACAUUCCGCGUAUAUUUCGUUCAUACUGCUUCUAACGACCCGUCAGAGACAACUGGUUCGCCCGUACAGAAUGCUGAAAUUUGGACAAAUAUUCAUGGCGACGAGUGGGUGGGCAUUGCGCUGGAAAGAUUGCCAGAAACGUCAGCUGCCGCCCAGCUGGAUAUCACAUUUCUGAAUCCAGCACAGGCAGCUGGACCUGGCAGCACCGCUCAGCAGUUCGGCCUCGAAGUACCCGUAACGAGCGCCGUGACGAGGUGCUUUGAGUUUACCGUGCGCUGGCGAGCCACUGGACAUAAUGACUGGCAGUGGGCGGGUGCCUUGGGACAGAAUGCACACGUAUCUGUCAUUCGCAACUGCAUUUCAGACCCCAGCACAAGGCCACUCAACUACUGGCGCCAGCAGCUCAAGUCCAUACUUAGGCCCGCAACCACCAACAUCGUACAGUCCCCACCUAUGGCCAUAGCUGAUUCCUGGCAGGUGUCUACAACUGGAGCGUCGUGUUUGUUCAAGUUUGGAUCGGCUGCAUCGACUACCGACAAUAUCACUUGGUUUGGCCGUCUGGCAGGUAUCGAGCGACAUCUAGCCUUUGUGCGUAAAGAUUUAUUUUGGCAGAUCCCGCUGAGCGGCGGUCGACAGAUUGAUGUUGGUGACAUGGAUAUUGUGAUUUUACUUUUCGAGCUUGAAACAGGGGCCUACGCGGCACUGAUGGCCUUCACGUGCAAUUGCAGCACCAGUUGUACAUCAGUAUUCCGGGCCACCAGCUCUGGCAAUCUCAUUGUGCGUGUUAGCCCAGCAGUCAGCCCGGCUGUCGUUCGAGUGGCCGCUACUAUCAACAUGCGCCCGUACGAUGCGGUCGGAGAGCUGUUCGCUCGCAUUCGACAGUUAGUCGCUCUGCCGGCUCCCAAAUUGCUUGCAUUGAAUUUUGUAGAGCCUGCUCUUUUGCAUGCAGACACAUAUCUGACAACCACCAUGGGGUACUGCACUUGGAACACAUUCUACCAGAAAGUGUCUCACGAAAAGAUUGUGUUCGAGCUAAACAACAUCCGCCAGGCCGGCAUCGAUGCUGGCCAGCCACUGCCUGCCUGGGUGGUUAUUGACGAUGGGUGGCAGUCAGUCGACACAUAUGACGGUCUUGGAAAACUGAUUGAUAUAUUUGCCGACAGCAACAAGUUUCCUGGCCAAUUGGCGCAAACAGUGGAUGAGCUCAGACAUAUGAACAUCCUUCGAGUCGGCGUGUGGCAUGCCCUAUGGGGGUAUUGGGGUGGCAUCGACCCACAUGGCCCGCUGUCAAAGCGCUACAAGCUGGAGAGACACUGCCGGCAAUGGUCGCCGGUCGUCAAGCAGGAAUCCGACAUUUGGCUGAUCGCAGCGUCGUGUAUAUGGGAAUUUUACGAUGAAUUUUAUGGAUGGCUCAGAAGUCAGGGCGUGUCAUUUGUAAAGGUCGAUUACCAGGCAGCGUUUGAAUGCCUGAAAGAGUAUGGCAACGGCAGCGAUACAGGAAUGCACAUAGCAAAGAUGUACAGUGCCUACCAGGACGCAAUGCAAAGCGCGGCAUGCAAGCACUUUGGGCCAGGAAUUAUUAUAAACUGCAUGUCCCAGUCGCCCCAAUUUGCUGUGCGUGCUUUGAAACAGCAGUACCAGCAAGACAAGAAUGGCCACUCGGCAAUUGGCCGGAUGUUGUUUCGGAACUCCGACGAUUAUUUCCCAGAUGAACCCGGCUCGCACGGCUGGCACAUCCAUUGCAACAUGCUCAAUGCAGUUUGGAGCCGCUUUCUGGGCCAGCAGUGUGUCGCUGACUGGGACAUGUUCCGGCCUGGACAGCACGAGAGCCACAUACAUGCUGUCUCGCGAGUGCUUAGCGGCGGGCCAGUUUACAUAACAGGAAGUUCCUCUGACUACUCGCGCCAAAGCCUCGCUCAACUCAUCGGGCCAACGGGUGAUAUUUUCCCGCACUUACCACCUCUGAUAGACACCCAAUGCCUGUUUACCGACAUGACUAAAACGCCAGGUUUCUUGAUUGCGUCAACUGUUGUUCCCGGUGCAGGGACUGUACUCGUUUCGAUUUAUAAUGUCACAGAGAGAGCGGUAAUUUCACCCGUAUUUCUCGCACGAGCAUAUGCCGAAAGCACAGGAAAUGAUCCGGAAGCAGGACAGCAACAUGGCACCGGAAAUGAAUAUUUUUCUAUCCACCAGCAGUCCACAGGGAAAAUUUUUAUAAGUACUGGCCUGCCCAAAUUAUGCUCAAUUGCGCUGCUACGGCUGGACUGCGACGUACUAUCAGUGACUAAAAUGGCCACUCUCAAAUCUUCUGACUGCAGUGCCAUCCUAUAUGCAGCAUGUCUAGGCGACACCGGCCACUGUGCAGGUGCGAGCGUUGUCGAGCGCGGGGUGUAUGGUGCUCUCCCGCGCACUUGCAGCAUGUGUAACAACGUCAGCAACAAUAUAAGCGGCCACACCACAUUGACCUUGGCGUGCACCCAUGGGCACCACCAAUGGAAUAUACGAGCGCGAAUCGCUUAUCGGGCAAACUCAGUCACUUUUGCAAUGUUCGCGCACAAAGCAGCUCUCGACACGCGCUCGUUGCCAAUAAACAUCAAUAGCGUCAGAGUACUUGGAUGCAAUGUGCCCAAUAAUCGGUGGCAGUUUCAAUCCAGCACGGGCUUACUGACCAUAGCAACGAUCGGCCAUUCAGGAACAGCUGAAGACACUCACACUUUACCUCGCUUGUCGACAAUCAUUACAGUGUGUCUUUGCGCAUAGCCAAGGGGUUAGUUUUUGUAUUUAAUAUA